UUAGGUGCAUAGGUUUUUUUUGAGGAAGGGUGCAUAGGUCAUAUCAUAUAUAUUUUUCUCUCUUCUUAGAGAGAGGAAGGUAAAAUAUUGGCAUACAUCAGCCCGUUAGUACAGUAUAGGAGGCUCAACAUGUAAGCCUGGCCCAUCACAAACGGGCUGUGAGAAAAUUGAUGCUAACCAGGAACCGACCUAACACAGCCCAAGAAAAGAGGAACCGACCUGCCGCUCGCACACUAUAAAACCACAUCGAUCGAUCGGAGAGAGUGCCAGCUCGGUCAGCGACAUGCUCGCUCGUCGUUAACGCCCACCACAAUUCCGCAUCUCGAUGCCGUCGCCACCGCCGGCGGCGGCACCACGAAGCCGUCGAUAUUCCAAGAGAAGAGCACGGACGUUCCACGUCACGGUGUUCAAGUACACGCCCGUGCCGCUGCCGGAGAGGGACUGGGCGGAGCUGCACCCGGACCUGAUCUCGCGCAUCUUCCGCAGGCUGGACCAGGCCGAGCUCCUGCUCGGCGGCGUGACGGGCGUGUGCCGCUCCUGGCGGCGCGUCGCCCGGGAGGAGCCGGAGCUGUGGCGCCGCAUCGACCUGAGCGGCGGCCUGUGGUACGCUCCGGGGUCCUACCCACCCAUGUUCAACCUGGAGACGAGGUCCAUGGUGCGGAAGGCCCUGCGGCUCAGCGCGGGGCAGUGCGAGGCCCUCGUGUGCGAGCACGUCGACGACGACACCCUCCUCUUUCUCGCCGAGCGGUACGAGAUUUAA